CGCCGAGACGCGCCGCGGGGAGAGGAAGCAGGCAGCGGCGGCGGCGUUUCCUAGGCCCUGUUCCUUAGAAGACUCGGUAUACUUGAGUUAUGAAAAAUUCCUCUGUAGUGCUCAGAUGUUGGAGGUAUAGGCAGCGAAAGCAGAUUCAAGUUAUUCCAGAUGUUCAUGGUACAGCCCCAUAAAUCGUCACCAUCAGCCCUUUUACAUUGUCCCCUGGUGGCAGGGCAGAGAUGACAUCAAACUUCACCAGAACAAAUCUUCACACUGAUUAAAUCCGAGCGAGCCGGACAAGCAGCGAGCCUGCCUAUGUAGACUAAAGAAUUUGCUGAAGGUCACGUAACCUGAGGCCAAGCUGGAUCUCGUGACGCCCAGUCUUGUGCUUUAAUCACGGACCGUUCCUGCUUUUCAUGCUAGCUUCAAGAUUUAAUUGAAAAUGUCUGGCAAAACGGCUAACACGACCAAUAAUAUAGCGCAGGCCCGACGGACUGUUCAGCAGCUGAGAAUAGAAGCCUCAAUAGAGAGAAUAAAGGUGUCAAAAGCAUCAGCAGACCUAAUGCUCUAUUGUGAAGAACAUGCCAAGAAGGAUCCUUUGCUAAUGGGCAUCCCUGCUUCUGAAAAUCCUUUCAAGGACAAGAAAACAUGCAUUAUAUUAUAAGAGAGCAGUAGCACCUCCAUGGCUCUGCUGAGCAAAACAAGCUGCAGGCAGAUGUGUAGAGAAAUAAUCUGUAAGGUACCCGGUAUUAACUGUGUAAAACAGCUGUUCUUUUACCAUGUGUAUAAAUGAUUUCUUAAGUUUUUUAAAGCAGUUCUUCUGUUCCAUAUCUUUAUUAGGAAGCAAGAUUUCAAACUGAUUUAACUUCUUUCUUGUCAAGUGGAAUGGGGUGUCUGGGACAAAGCCAGUGAUUUUACUGUGCUGGCUCUUACGUGGUGAGGAGGAGUAUGGCGAGAUGGGCUCUGUGUUUCUGGAAGAAUAUGUUUGAGUUUAAGUUUUUAAGUUACACAAACAAGACCAAAGUUGCCUGAGCUUUGCUGACAGGAAGUCAGAGGUUUGGAAUCCCGAUUAAACAUCUUUUGGUUUUGUUUUUAAUUAUCCUUGUAUGUGGCGAAGGGAGUGUGUACCUGUAUUGCUAGUGCACUUACGUGUAUUUAUGCACAUGCACAUUUUGAAGUGAAUUAUCUAGCAAAAGCUACCUUGAAAAUGGUUGUAUCAACUAUGGGCAAACUCCAGAGAUUCAUGCCUCCAUCUUUGGUUAUAUUUGUUUGCUUCUCAUGGUGGGGUUUUCUAAAUGUAAAACCUAAGUUGUCAAGCAUUAGAUAUCUGAUUAUUUAUUUCUCUUUUUUAAGAGGGGUUGAAAAAGCAAAAUUUUCAACUUCAAGUUUUCUUCUUUAAAUUUUCUUCUCUAAUUGGAAUCUGUGUUAAUAUAAAAAUACUGAACGAAUUAAAGGCUGCAAGCUAGUGUUUCGCUUGCUCUGUGGCUAACGUAGAGGUAUGGUUCUGUCACUCUAAGUCCCAUUUAUAUUUUGUGCAGGAAUUCAGAAUUUGGCUCUUUUAAGUUCCUUUUUAAAGGUGAAAAAUGCCAAAUUGUAUCCAGAUUGUGGUUAUGCAGAUAUAAUUGGCGGGCCUUUCCAUCAAGUAAGUGAUCUUAUACAUACGCAUAUUAAAAAGUCUUAGUUUGCGCAUGUGUGUGUAUAUAUAUAUAAACUUCAAUGGAAUAUUUAUACAAACAUUGCAUAUUAACAGAAAACUUUGUGGGGAGAGAAAAUAAUACUGACUUCAGGUGGCUACAAAUGUAUUUCAUCUUUCUCUGUAGCCAGUGAUUCAAAGUUGAAAUUGUGAUCUGCCAUAACUGUGUGUUUCUGUAAUAGUAUUUACAGAAUUUAUUAAUCACUUUUAAUUUACUGUCUCAUGUUGCAUAUUUGUCUAUUCUAUAUUAAAUUAUAUACACACUGUUGAUAAUAUAUUGAGAAAUUAUAUAUUUUCUUUAACAAGCCACUAACAGACAGCUCAAAAAUCUAAAUACAAGACUGACAGUAAGAAAAUUGUACUGCUUAUUCAGUGCUGACAUUCAAAUUAUUUUUAUAAUUAGACUAUUUUUCUAGUGACAAUUUCAAAACAAUAAUGUAGAUUCACACUGAUUUUAUUUUCUGUGUUUGAAUCUUUCAUUUCAUGAUGCAUCAUGUUAAAAAUAGUAAUUAACUUCAUCUGGAUAUGAAAGAAUAACCAUUUGGAGAAAUCUCACUGGUUCCUAAAGUAUCAAAAUGGGUCUAUGGGCCAGAGGAAGGUUAAUUAACUUCAGAUCGUUGCCCUAAUAUCAUUCUACCAUGAAUCUGUUAUCUCCAAGGUAAUCAGCAUUUUUAUUUAUUUAGAGCUCCAAAAAAAGGAUAACCUAUGUAGAUACAAACACAUGAUUGGAAUAUGUAUUUUUUUUCUCUAUUGUUUGCCCCUAAAUAAAGUGAGGUAUAGGUGCUGAUUUAUGAUCCAGCUAUAUAACACUGGUCUGGCUGACACUUUUCCCCUAAAUUGGAGCUUUGCAAUCUCACGUUAUUUCUGCCGAGGACUUCAGCGGACACCAGACCUCUCACGAGAUGGUUAAUGUACUGAGCUCAUGAUCCGUUAGAGCUGUGCUGCAACGUAUGCCUAUUUUUAAAGGAAAACCUGAUGAUUAUUCUCCUAUACCUAUUUACUGUUAAGUGUAUUUUUCUACUUUUUCGUGCAGAAUUUUAUCAGCAUCUGUUUUGUUGGUUCUCAUACAUUUGAGCAACAGAAGGACUUGGUUGCAUCUUUAAUCAUAGACAUAGGUUUAAAAAGAUUGUGCCAAUUUUCUUUCAGAUGCUUUCUCACUUUUAGGUAGAACAGCUAAAAUGAUAACAUGGAAGUGACUACUUCUCAUGACUUUUGUUGCAUAGAUUUUCAGGUAAACAAUGUAUUUUUAAAUGCAAUCUAUAGGGGUGCAUGGAAGCUCAAGCAGUUAUGUUUGUACAUAAGCGUUGCUCUUUUGGUAUAAAUAAUCGAAGGAAAGAAAAGGAAUUGGAAAAAUUUUGAAGAAAUAUAGACUCUUUAAUUAGAAAAGUGAAACCGUUUAAACUCAUGGGUGUUGCAAGCUUCAGAAAUUAAGGGAUUCAUGUUUUCAAGGUGGUUCUCGGCCAGGCCAAAUGCCCAGAAUAGCUAUACUGCAGUGCUGCAACCGGUGCUCUUCUGACAGGUGCCUCUAAUCUUUGUGUUAUGUAAAGUGAAUCUGAUACUACUCCAGAAUGUGUAUUUGUACUUUUUUUUCACCAUAAACUAAGAAGCCAGCUUACUGUUUGUGUUUUUCUCUGGAUUUUCUAAUUUGACUCUUUAAUACUAUGUUAUAUUAUAUUGUCUUUGUAUCCUAAGGUACACCUGAAUUGUAUCGGUGUGAUUCGCCUUCGACUGACAGUAGGCUUUGUGAACAACUUGUGUUUUUACCUAAUGCACUUUCUACCAGUUGGGAGCAGGCCUCUUCUUGAACCUACACGUUUUGGUUGUUGGAAAUGCGUCUUGUGGCAAUGAAAGAAAAGGCUGUCUGCUUGGCCCUCACAGCUGGCAUUGUCACCGCCUCGGGUCUCUGAAACUCUUCAUUAAAGUAUUACUGCUUUUUCUAUUG